GUGGACAGUCAAAUCACCCGAAGACCUCAGAAGCACCAUGAAACUUCCUCACAGGAACAGCCGAUCUGAUGCAUGAAGUUGAACGACGCCGACGCCACCAGAUGAUUCGAAGACAUACAACAAAAGCAUAAACUUUUCUCUCGUCAUACCAUAGCAGUCCAGUACUUCAAAGGCACCAAUGAACCAACUCCCCACGCCCAAGAGCUUUGAUUCCCCAUCGCCCAAAGACUGCAAGGACCAAGAUGACCAACAACAGCCACCACCCCAACAACAACAACACAUCUACAUCCAAGAAACGCCAAAAGAACGACUCUACCGCAUCUCCAAACUCCUAGAAACAAUGUCCAUAGCCGACGUCGACGCAGUAAACGACCGAGACUGGAGCCCCUCCUCGGCACUCUUCCAAAACAAAGCCACAUACUGGGAAGCAUCCACAACAGCAACUCUCUCGGUGAAAAAACUCUCAGUCCAAGGCUUCGUCGACUCGAUAAAGAAAAAAGUCGCAAUGUCUCCCGACUUCAGACUGCGCAUCAUAGAUUUCACGACGACGGUGGAUGAGGGGAAAGGAAGGGCGGAGAUUUUCGCGAAUAUGGAGGUCACGGGGGAUUGGAGUGGUGUUGCGCAGAGGAAUGUGACGCAUUUGGAGUAUCAUUUGAUUGAGGGACGGUGGUUGCAUGUUUCUCAUAGGACGAUGCCGGGUAUGGAUCCUAUGAGUUUGAGUUUUGGGCAGCGCGAGUUGACCUACAGAAUAGGGCUGGCGGACGAGCACCAAUUGCAAAGGGUUCUGGGUCUACUCAGAUGCUCUGGGGAAAAAAAUGGUCGUGUGACUUCAGAAGCUGCAUUCAAGAUCCUGCGCCACGGCAAUGGGCAGUCUGGACAAUACCAGGAGCGAGCGCCCUCCAAGCCACGCAUCCCCAGAACUCUGCUUCUGUCCUUAGUUGUGACGAGGAAGCUCUGCGGCUGUCAGAAUAGCAGUCAGGACAGCAAGCUACUGGAGGCUGAGGCCAUUUCUCGCCCAAGCUGCGCUUCCUGUGAUGGACUGCUCGACCCAGCUGCCCCGAGAAACGCGGUUGGGACGCAGCAAGAGUCCCCCAAUUCAUAUAAUGAGGCGGUGAUCACGAGUAUAUCUCUGGAAUGUAUUAGAAACUUCAAUUACGGUCUGCUAGCAUUUAUGCUUAUAGCAGGAGGUAUCUCACGCUUCCGCCCCAAUGCAUGA